AUGGCUCAGCCUGAGCCUGACCCGGACACCAAUACCACGGCGAGCGAGGACGGCGACGAGGCCACUCCGUUGAUUGAUGCAGAGGAUAGCGCAGGAAUGCCGCGGUCAACAGGCUGGUCACUCAUACUGCCAUGUGAAGGAUUCGCCUGGCGCUCUGUGGCCCUCGGAACAGCCAUCGGAGUCUUGGUAUGUCUGACCAACAUCCACUUCGGGCUGCAAACGGGCUACAUCAAUAUCAUGUCGAUGCCGUCCGCUCUGAUCGGAUAUGGCGCCUUUCAGGUGUUGAAGACACGGCUGGACUUCCCCUUCUCUCCCGCCGAGAAUGUCCUGAUCCAGACUGUCGCGAGCGCCGUGGGAGCCAUACCAGCCACGGCAGGGCUGGUCGGCGUGAUUCCAGCCCUGGAAUUCCUGACUAGCCCGGCCGACGGAGGCCCCGCGAAGACGUCGCUGGGCCGGCUUUUCGUCUGGUCUCUGGGCACGGCGGUGUUCGGGCUCACGUUUGCUGCUCUUCUACGCACACGCAUCAUUCUGAAAGAGCGGUUGAGGUUUCCUACCGGCACGGCGACUGCGCUGAUGGUCAACGUGCUGCAUGAGAAAGACAAGAUCAAGCCCUUGGCUUAUUCCGAACUUCCUACCGAAGAGAGCGCCGAACGAGCCAAUGGACAUGAUGAAGCACAAGACCGCCUGUUGUCCGACGAGGACGCGAUGGAGGUGCAGGAGCCGGCCAAGUAUUCUCACAUGGGCCUCAGCAACAUCUUUCUCGCCAUGUCCAUCUCUGGGCUCUAUACCAUUGUGACUUACUUCCUCCCCAUCCUCCGCAACAUCCCCCUCUUCGGGUCCGGAGCUGCACGGAAGUGGCUGUGGUCGUUCAACCUUUCCUGCGGCUAUUUCGGCCAGGGCGUCAUCACCGGUCCUCUGGUGCUGCUCAACAUGCUGGCCGGCGCUGUAGUAGGCUGGGCCAUGUUGUCGCCGCUGGCCAAGGCCAAGGGAUGGGCGCCCGGCCCCGUCGGCGACUGGGACACGGGAAGCAGAGGCUGGACCAUCUGGGUCUGUUUGGCCGCCAUGCUUGCCGACGCACUGGUCGACCUGGUCUGGUUCGUGGCCCAGAUGAUCCUGUCUGUACGACACCACCAAAGCCACCUCACUCGACUUCGACCCGACCACUUGCCCGACCAACAAGCACAAGCCGGCUUCCGCGUCAGGUCGGCCGGCGGAAAGACCAAGCCCGAGUUCGAGUUCGAGUUCGGCCGGCUCUGGCUCGCCUCGGCCAUGACGCUGUCGAUCGCCAUCUGUGUGGCCGCGACAGCCAUGACAUUUGGCCGAUUCAUGCCCGCCGCAGUCACCUUGUUCGCCACCGUCAUCUCGCUCCCUCUGUGCGUCAUGGGCGUCAAGGCCGUCGGGGCGACAGACCACAAUCCGGCCUCGGGAAUCGCCAAAAUCUGCCAACUGAUCGUCGGCCGGCUGGUGCCUCAAGCCAGGCCGCACGCCAAGUUGAUCAACCUCGUGGCGGGCGGCAUUGCCGAAGCGGGCGCCGUGCAAUCCGGCUUUAUGAUGCAGAACUUCAAAACCGGCCAUCUCAGUGGCUCGAGCCCGGACACCCAGUUCUUCGGCCAGGUCAUUGGCUCCGUCGCCGGCGCCAUAGUCGCCAGUGGCCUGUACAAACUGUACACGUCGGUGUACAGCGUUCCCGGCGACAUCUUCCAGGUGCCUUCGGCCUAUGUCUGGCACGCUAGCGCUGCCCUGGCCGUCGGCGAGGGCUUGCCUUCUCAUGCCCCGGUUUUUGCUGGCGUUACUGCCGCCAUCUUCGCGUGCUUCGCGGUGCUGCGCAUUGUCUACGGUCAGUCGAAAUGGCGCCCGUUCAUUCCCAUGGGCAUCCCAUUUUCCGUUGGGAUGUACAACGUCCCGAGCUUCACACUGGCACGAGCCCUCGGCGGUGUUGCCCAGUGGUACUGGACGUCACGGCUAAAGAAGUCGGGAACUCCCCUGAUGGUUUUUGCCAGCGGCCUGAUCCUCGGAGAGGGUCUGGCCAGCAUCGUCAAUCUCGGACUGGAAGCUUUUCGGGCGCCACACUUGUAG